AUGGGUUCCAGUUCGAUCUCCUCCUCAUCCUCUUUUGGCACCACCGACAGCGCCGGUUGGGCCUCAAGCUACCUCUCCAACGCUGUCACCCACUCCUCCGCGACCACCGCCUCCUCGAAGUUGGCGGAAAGCUCGGCGAGUUCGGUGAGCUCAUGCGCGACCACCCGCGACUUCUCCAGCCUCGGCCCCGUCGCCACGCCAGAGGACCUGCAACUGCCCUACGAGCGCGAGCAGUACAUCGACAUGUGCCAUCGGCUCGUCGACGCCCAACCGGAGGCUCGUCCAUUCCCCUUCAAGAUCGGCAACCCGCACGUGCCUCGCCGACUCGGCUUCCCGGCCACGUGGUCGGCGGGCAGGCGCUGGGCGCGUGCCUGGGCCGGAUAUCGGCGGCGCUAUCCUCGGGCUGAAACACGGGAUGAGGAGGCGUCGGUUGGACAGAAGGUGAUUCCGCAGGAAGAUUACCAACCCAUCCCGAGCCCCCAGCCCGCAAACACUCGCCCCCAGACGCACAUCCAAGUGCGCAAGAGCCAACUCGUCGCCCUCCUCGAGCAACUCGACGAUGAGCCCGACGACAAGCUCAUCACCCUCAACGUAGCGACUUCCGAGAGCGGCCAUGUCACCCGGAUCAAGCAGCACAUCUACCGAGCCGUCGCCUCCGAGAGCGGCGACUACGUGCUCGACCAU